AACAUUUAACCAAAUACAAAUCAGUGUGGCUUGUGAUUUGCAAGCUGACAAUCGUUAGCUAUUUAAAUAUCUCAUUAAAAAAAAAUGUUUUAGUUUAAUUUUUUUUUUAUUUCAAGAUGAAUCUCAUAGCAAGUGUUUUUAUUUUAUUAUUCGGAAUAUGUAUUUGUGAACCUGGUUAUGGUAUACCUGGACCAAAAUCAGAAGUUGAAUCCUUUGGAUACGUUCCACCGUACGCAAGAAAUCCUGUUUACAAUAGAGGCAACGGAGGCAUCAAAACUGGGUAUUCGGGCAGAAAAACGAGCUAUGCAGGCACGAAAACCGGCUAUUCAGGAACGAAAACCGGUUAUUCAGGCACAAAAACCGGUUAUUCAGGCACGAAAACCGGUUAUUCGGGUACCAAAACAGGAUAUACAAAUACAGAUUACUCCGGUUACAGACCUCCCUGGUCACAAGGGCCUGUAAACAAUCAAGAGAGUGCUUACCGACAUUUCUACAAUAACGCUAACGAGGCUUAUAAAUCGAGAUGCGAAAUCGAGUGCAAAAACAACGGCAUCUGCGUGGAUACCAACACAUGCCAAUGUCCAGAGAACUUCGACGGCAAGUACUGUGAGUUCGAAAAGAAGCCCUGUCUCGUCUACCCGCCUCUGCCCAACAAUUCCAACAGACGGUGCUCGUCCGACUACUGCACAAUAACCUGCAUGGCGGGACACAAGUUCAUAGACGGCACCACAGUUGCGGACAUGCGUUGUGCAAACGGACAGUGGACUCCGACCCGCGCGGACCUCACGUCCAUCCCCGACUGCGUGCCGGAAUGCGACCCGCCCUGUCUGAACGGAGGAGCGUGCCUGUCCGUCAAUAUGUGCCAAUGCCCCACGGACUAUAGAGGACCUCAGUGCCAGUAUGCCGCAAGCGUCUGCGAUUUCCGCAGCCUGGGCUUCAAUGGCGGCUACCAAUGCUUCGGUGACGCGGACAAGUUCUCGUGCAAGCUGAAUUGCCCCAGCGGCGCGUGGUUCAGCUCGCCUCCGGCUGAGGUGUACGUUUGCCAAUACUCCGCUGGAGUGUUUCUACCGCAGCCUAUACCGCAGUGCUUGUAUGAAAAAGUUGUUGUGGUUACACCUUCGAACACUCACUACAAUCCAUAUGCUUCACAUACUCGAAAUACAACGCACAUUGGUCACUAUGAACACACCAUUCAAGAGUCGGGAAAGUACGGUUCAGGAAAUGUCAAGACCCCGAUCAUAGUGGUGCAAGACCUGACUCCUAAAGGCGGUAGCUGUUUGACCUGGGCCGGCCUGCACUAUAAGACCUUCGAUGGAAAGAUUUACAGCUUCCAGACGUCCUGCACUCAGAUCCUCGUACGCGAUGCGAUAGAGCACAAAUACACAGUGGCUGUGAAGCAGACGCAGUGCGAGCGUCAGGGCUACUGUCCCUAUGAGAUCACCGUGUUCUUGGACGAGAAGAUGUACUCCCUUGGUACUUCUGAUGACGGUGCGCUGGUAUUCCGUAACAGUAAACGCAGGAUCCCCAUCCCUGCGACGCUGCCGGGUAUCCGCGUGUCUAUGCCCAGCGAUCACGUGCUUGUUAAUUUGGACUUCGGGAUAACGCUCAAAUGGGAUACUAAUGAUGUAUUACUAGUGGAAGGUUCUGUCUUGGUAUGGAAUAAGACCGAAGGUUUGUGCGGUACUCUGGACGGCAACCCCGAGGACGAUAUGGUGACCAAGGAAGGCGUUGUAGCUAAGACAAAAUCGGUCUUGUUUGAUUCUUGGAAACUGCACGAGCUUAAAGAAGAUAUGUGCGGCAACAACAUGACCGAAACCAGCGCGUGCAAUUCUAAAUCCGACGCGGACAUGAAAAGGGCUGCUCAGUUUUGCACUAAAAUCUUUACUAAGGAAAAGUUUAGAAAGUGUUCAAAGGUAAUGGAUGUAUCUCAGUUAUUGGAAGCUUGUCAGUGGGAUUACUGUGCGUGCACGACCAGUUUAAGUCCUGAAGAAUGCGCUUGUAGAACAGUAUCGGUGUACGCUAAGGAGUGCUUGCGCCAUGGCAUCGAGGAGAUGAAAUCGUGGCGGGACUCUGAAACUUGCCCCAUGAAAUGCCCUGAGGGCAAAAUCUACAAGUCCUGUGGACCUGAUACGCAGCCGAGUUGCGCCUUCCAAGAACUGGUGGCUAAAAAUUCCAGCUGUGUAGAAGGAUGCUUCUGUCCCGAGGGUCUGUUGCUAGAGAGUGGUCGCUGUGUGCAGAAGAGCGAGUGUCCUUGCCGCGUCAGGAACAAAAGUUAUCCUCCUGGAGCUGUCAUACCCAAGAGCUGCAACACCUGUAAAUGCGAAGCGGGCGAGUGGGUUUGCACGCAAGUGCCGUGCGGUGCGCGUUGCGGCGCGGUGGGGGACCCUCACUACACCACCUUCGACGGCUUGAGAUACAACUUUAUGGGCCAUUGCACCUAUACUCUACUUAAGACCCAAAACAUCACCAUUGAUGCUGAAAACGUGGCCUGCUCUGGAGCUAUUACUGAGGCAAUGAACCUCUCCCCGUAUCAAGGCGCGGGCAAGCCGUCUUGCACCAAGGCGGUGUACUUGCAGUACUCCGGAGCGAGCAUCCACCUAAAACAAGGGGGAUUCAUUCUCGUCAAUGGGAAAGAAGUGACGUCAUUACCCGCUAAGAUCGGCGACAUCAGAAUACGUGCUGCGUCCUCACUGUUUAUCAUGAUUCAACUGCCCGGCAAAGUUUCGCUGUGGUGGGACGGAAACACACGCGUGUUUGUGGAUGUGCCGCCCGCGUACCAUGAUAAGACACAGGGACUAUGCGGAACCUUCAAUCUGAACCAAAAAGACGACUUCUUAACCCCCGAAGGCGAUGUAGAGCAAUCAGUCCUAGCAUUCGCUAACAAGUGGAAGACCAGAGAGUUCUGUGAAGAUGUGUCAACUGUGGAGCAGGAGCACCCCUGCAAAGCCAAUGUGGAGAACAAGGACUAUGCUGAGAAAUACUGCAGCCAACUUAAAAGCUCACUCUUCGAAUCGUGCCACUGGUACGUGGACGUGCAGCCUUACUACGAGGACUGCCUGUAUGACAUGUGCGCCUGUGCGGGUGACGUGUCCCGAUGUCUGUGCCCCAUCCUCGGAGACUACGGUGACGCGUGCGCGCGCGCCGGUGUGCACAUACAGUGGCGGUACAACGUCAAGGAGUGCGAGUUGCAUUGCACCGGUGGGCAAGAGUAUACAGUAUGCGCUGACAGCUGUUUGAGAACAUGUACUGAUGUCGGUCUCCCUAUUGACGAUUGCAAGCCCUCCUGCGUUGAAGGAUGCGCCUGCCCUGUUGGACAAGUGCUAGAUAACGACAACGUCUGUGUACCAGUCGCGAUGUGUCCGUGCUACCACAAGGGCAUGGAGUUCAAGCCCGGGUACAAAGAAGUGAGAGCUGGAAAACGGGAACGCGAACUUUGUACAUGCGUGGGCGCGCGCUGGGAAUGCCAGCCGGCGACUGAGGACCAAAUCCAGAACUACCCGCCGGCGGAGGACCUGCGCAGCAACUGCAGCGCCGCCAACAACAUGGAGUUCACCACUUGUCAGCUCGCACAGCCGCUCACUUGCAAGAAUAUGCACCUGCCAUCCGUGAUAGCGUCUCCGGAAUGUCGUCCUGGCUGCCAGUGCAAGAAAGGCUACGUUAUGGACGUGUCGUCAAACAAAUGCAUAGCGCCUGCGGCCUGCCCGUGCCACCACGGCGGCAGGAGCUACCCGGACGGGCAUAGCAUGCAGGAGGGCUGCAACACUUGUGAAUGUACGGGAGGCAAGUGGCAAUGCACGGGGAAGACGUGUGCAGGCGUGUGCAGCGUGUGGGGUGAUUCACACGUGACCACGUUCGACGGACAGACGUACGACUUUGAGGGCGUCUGCUCUUACCUCUUAGCGAAAGGUGUCAUGGAUGGUACGAAUGGAUUCAGCGUUGAAAUACAGAAUGAACCUUGCGGCACAACGGGCGCAACGUGCUCUAAAUCUGUAACGCUACGCGUCGGCAACGGCGGCUCGGAAGAAACUGUCUCUCUCACCAAGAGUGCUCCACUUCCUGAUACUUCCAAAUUGAAGAGUAUAAAACUCCGCGAGGCAGGCGCAUAUGUGUUUCUGGACGUAUUAUCGCGAGGCAUGAGCGUACAGUGGGACCGUGGCCUACGGGUGUACGUCCAUGUCGACUCCAUGUGGGGGAAUAGGGUGCGAGGUCUCUGCGGCAACUACAACUCGGACAUGCGCGACGACUUCCAAACACCCUCCGGAGGCGGCGUCACAGAAACGUCGGCCCUACUCUUCGCUGACUCCUGGAAACUGAAGACCACUUGCCCCAAACCUCAGGAAGUUACUGAUCAUUGCGUGGAGCGUCCCAACCGCAAGGAAUGGGCGUCGGCUACAUGCGGCGCGAUGAAGCGCUAUCCGUUCUCGCUGUGUCACUCGGAGGUGUCGCCCACGGAGUUCGUGUCUCGCUGCGAGGCGGACGCUUGCGCGUGCGACUCGGGCGCUGACUGCGACUGCGCGUGCGCCGCGCUGGCUGCGUACGCGCACGCGUGCGCGGCGAGGGGCGUGACGUUCAAGUGGAGGACACAGGAGAUGUGCCCGAUGCAGUGCGAUGAGGAGUGUUCAAACUACCACGAGUGUAUAUCGCCGUGUCCGCCCGAGACGUGCGACAAUUAUCUCGACUACACAAAAAUCAAGGCCGCCUGCGAAAAGGAAACUUGCGUUGAAGGCUGCAAAAGAAACGAGUCCAAAGCCUGUCCACCAGGCACACUAUACUUCAACAGCUCUCUAACCGAAUGCGUUCCUCCCGCCAAGUGCAUCCCUCCCUGUAUGGUCCUCGAGGACGGGAGGGAGAUACAAGAGGGAGGGGUCAUCGAGGAGGACCUCUGCCAUACCUGUCGAUGUUCCGGGAACCAGAAAAUAUGUAUUGGCCAGCCUUGCCUUAGUCCUGAAACAACUACCUACGAGCCAGAAACUACCCCGCACGACAAUCCAUUGACGUGUAAAACUGGCUGGACGGAGUGGAUCAGCCGCGGCGUCCCCGAGAUCAACUCCGCUGGCAAAUCCGUCGAAAUCGAGCGUCUACCUGAAAUGGCCGACUUUACAAUAGGGACUCCGAUGUGCGAAAAGAGCAAGAUGACCAAUGUCGCGUGCCGAACGGUCAAAGGCUACCAGUCGCCCAAACAAACCGGCCUCGACGUUGAAUGCAGCCUCGAGAAAGGCCUCGUGUGCAUCGAAGACGAGAAAACCUGUCCCGACUUCGAAAUAAAGGUGUACUGCGAGUGUGAGGAAGAGCCCUUCCAAUGUCUCGACGCAGCCCACCCGAACCACAAACACCCGACAAACUGCGGUCAAUUCUACGAGUGUACCCCCGAUGUCCUCAACCCUAACAAACAACACACGGUCCUCAAGAACUGCAGUGAAGGCCUCAUGUACAACCCUAUAGCUAUGGUCUGUGAUUGGCCCGCGGCCGUCAUCCCUAUGAGACCCGAAUGCGGAUAUAUUACCCCUGGUCCCACUACUGGACUACCAGAAGAAACGACUAUUUUUGUCCCAUCUAAACCACCUCAAGAGGAUACUCCUGGAACUACGAUUACAGUGGGAACAACGUCGCGGUGUCCGCCCGGGCAAGUGUACAAGAGCUGCGCGUUCCCGUGCGACAAGCUGUGUGACCACUUCAAGCAGAGCCUGCAGAACGAGAACAAGUGCUUAGUGGGACAGGAAUGUAUCGACGGUUGCGUGGAUGAAUCAGUAGCUAACAUCAGAUGCGAGUUCAGCUUGAUGUGGCGUGACCACAAAACCUGCGUGCCGAUAAAAGACUGUACUUGCUACAAUGAGGGACAGAUUGUUAAGCCGGGCGGUGUAGUGGUAGAAGACUGCACGAAAUGCCAAUGUCUGGACAACGAGUUGCACUGCGACUCAAGCCAAUGCGUUUCCACGCUCAAACCCAUCACCGGCUCCCCGAUUUCACAAGUCAAAGUCACUGAAACCACCCUCACUACUGUAAAUGAAACAGUUGCCACUACUAAAAUCCCUGACCUUUUCGUUGCUAAACCACCUACUACUAUUACUUCUACAACAUAUUAUACAACUAUCGCCCCUAUUAUUACUUCACCUCCUACAACUCCUACGAUUCCUACAACGCCUACAACGGUAGUCCCAGAAAAGCCUAGAACGCAUGAAGAAACGACUGUAAUAAUAAUACAGACUACGGAAUCGCCGCCACCGGAAUGCAACCCUUCAAUGUACAAAAGUCUGCUAUGGGGAGGAGAGCCGCUGCCAAAGGAGUCAUUUUCAGCGAGUUCGUACGCAAGCCCAUUGUUCGAGCCGCAGUAUGCCGUGUUGAACGGACGCCCCGAUACUAAUGCUGGGUCGUGGAGCCCCGCGAAAGACGAUAAGAAUCCGUACAUCCAAGUGGAGUUUCCCCGCAAGGAACCGAUAUACGGGGUACAGAUGCAGGGCAGCCCCUUGUUUGACGAGUACGUCGAGAGCUACGAGAUGAUGUACGGUGAUGAUGGCAACGUCUUCUCUCCUGUCAAGAGCCCUGAUGGACAAACUAAGAUAUUCCGUGGGCCAGUGGACAACACGCAUGUAAUGAAGCAAAUGAUCGAGCCGCCGAUCGAAGCGAAGUUCGUGCGGAUCAAGCCGCUGAGCUGGCACAGCGAGAUCAGUGUUCGCUUCGAGAUCAUCGGCUGCGAGGAAGUCUCCACCACCCCCACUGAAACCACUGUUACCACUACUGAAACCACCACUAUUGGCACUACGGUGGGACUUACCACGCCGGAGCGCAUGCAAUGCACAGAACCCUUAGGCGUUGGCGGCGGGCUUCCUGUGAAUAUGAUCGAAGUCAGCUCCAAUUACGACGCGAUUCCCUUCCUGAGCCUUGAGGCCGAACGUGGGUGGAGGCCGCUCUACAGCACGCCAGGGGAAUGGAUCAUGUUCAACUUCACAUCACCACGCAACAUAACCGGCAUCAAAACCAAGGGCGGAGAGAAAGGCCACGUCUCCGCAUACAAAAUCAUGUACACCAGCGACCUCAAGACCUUCAAUCCAGUGUUAGACGAGACUGGCAACCCUCGCCUAUUCCCCGGGAACUUCGAUGCAGAUAGUGUUGUGAUGAACGAAUUCCGACCACCCAUACAUGCGCAGUACCUCAAGGUUCUACCUGUGAAGUGGGAUAAAAACAUUGAGAUGAAGGUGGAACCGAUCGGCUGCUUUGAACCUUAUCCCACCCCUGAGCCGCCGAAAGAGCGGGUGCCCUUCCCAUGCCAGAUGUGUCCGGGCGUACAGGAGGUGCUGUGCUCGUGCGCUGGCGAUCGAUACUACGACGGCGAGAACUGCGUGCCGCGCGACCAGUGCCCGUGUCUCGUUGGCUUCAUCCCAUACCCGGUGGGCGCGACGUACCGCGGCGCGCGUUGUGACGAGUGUGUGUGCAAGCUGGGUGGAGUCACGGACUGCAAGCCCGCUAAAGCCUGCGAGUGCGAACCGGAUCUCGUCCCAACACUGACACCGUCCUGCGACUGUCUAUGCGAGCCUUGUCAGAACGGAACCAAGAUCUGCCCGUCCAGCAAACUCUGCCUGCCCCUGGAGAAAUGGUGCGACGGCUUACAAGACUGUCCCGAUGAUGAGAAGGACUGCACCACUCUAGCGCCCGUCACUGAGACCGUGAUCACCACUGUCAUUCCCACUGUUGCUGCCACCAAACCCACACCCACCACCCCUGCACCCACCACUGUAGCACCCACUACCACCACUGAGAAACCACUAGAAUGCCCGAAAGUGGAGUGUCCUCCAGGCUACUUUGUUCGCUACACCUCAAGCCACGACAGCUACACAAAGUCCUACACAUCGGACCUGCCGCCUCCGAGACCGCGUAACUCAUACCAGAGGUACUAUAAGGGAGGAUUCUCCAAGGGAGGUAGAGGAGGUUACGCUAAGGGAGGAUUUUCGAAGACUGGCUAUUCGAAAGGAGGAAUAUACGGUCCACCAACACGGCCGCGACAAAACGAAGCGUUCCAACUGGAAAGACCAACUCUGAAUAUCGCUACAGCUGAGACGAAGAAAGUGUGCCCUCUGUUCAAAUGUAUCCCCAAACUACCCCCCAUCCCUCCUAAAGGAUCAACGCCGCCACCCCUUGUUUGCUCCACCCCUAUUUGCCCGCCACGAUAUGCGCUGAAGCUGGAAAGUGUGCCAGACAGUCUCAACUUAUGUCCUCAAUACGUUUGCGUGCCUCCGCCCGAGCGAUUUGACUACUGCAACGUAACGGGCCGCACCUUCACAACUUUCGACGGCACAGAGUACAAAUAUGACAUCUGCUUCCACACGCUAGCAAGAGAAACUCGCUCGUAUGCAUGGAUUAUAUUUAUGCGCAAGAAAUGCCUCAAAGACACCUGCCAAAAUCAACUAAUAAUUCUACAAGACGACCAACUGAUCCUCAUUAAGCCAAACCUGAUGAUAGAAUACAACGACUACGAGUAUACAGUGGAGCAGACCAGCAAGAUCUGCUUCCAGAAGAACAGCUUCGAUGUCAACCGACUCGGAAACGGAGUGUCCGUCAAAUCCAGGAAAUAUAACUUCACUGUCUUCUACAGUCCUGAUGGAGAUGUCAAAGUUGGAGUACCCAAGAAAUACAUGGGCCAUGUGGACGGUUUAUGCGGUGCUUACGACGGCAAGCCAUACAACGACCGUUCACUGCCCAACGGCCGACUGGCCAACAGCAUCGAGCAGUUCGGUCGCUCGUGGGCCAAGCCCGGCCUGGCGCCCGAUGCGUGCGAAAUCAAGGUCAUUCCUCCAGAGAAACAGAACCGAUGCCAUGACGUGUGCAAAGCUAUCACCGAAGAGCCGAUCGCACAAUGCGCUCGAGUACUAAACCUGGAUAAAUGGCGAGGCAUAUGCUUGGAGAAAGUAUGCAAGUGCGCCGAAACGGUCGUCAACGGCACGAAGAUGACCGAGGAAAAGUGUCGGUGUCUGCUAAUGGAGAAACUCGUGGCGGAAUGUUUGGCGGCCGAUAAGAACAUAGACGUGGCCAGCUGGAGGAUUCAGAUGAAUUGCGUUGCCGAAUGUCCCCCGCCGCUGGUCCACUACGACUGCUACCGUAAACGCUGCGAGCCGACCUGCGCUCCCGUCAACAGCGGAGUGAGCUCGUGCCCCGCUGAAGAUGGCCAGUGCUUCCCGGGCUGCUACUGCCCUGAGGGCACGCUGCGCAAGGGCGACCAGUGCGUUACUCCUUCCGACUGUCUAGAUUGUUCGUGCACGGGUGUGGGCGCGCCUGCCAAGUACGUGACGUUUGAAGGCGACGACCUGCCCUUCCUCGGAAACUGCACCUACCUCGCCUCGCGCGACUCCAACGACACCGGCUAUCACAAGUAUCAGGUGUACGCCACGAAUGGCCCGUGUGCUGAUAAUCCCAGUAUGGUGUGUACUAAGGCCCUGCAUCUCAUUCAGGAGAAGAACUUCAUCAAUAUCACCAAAGACCCCAACACUAAGAAGCUAAUAGCAACAGUGAACGGCGCUCAAGUAUUCAAGUACCCCCACAACGCAGGCUGGGUCACCGUGAGCUUGCUUAACGGACAAGAUGUUAACGUGAACCUGCCCCAACUGCACGUCGAGCUGACAGUGUUGCAAGCAAAGAUGGAGUUCACAGUGCAAGUGCCCUCUCAACUGUACGCCAACCGCACUCAGGGACUCUGCGGAGUUUGCGCCGGGUACCAGCAGCACCUCAUCACUAGCAACGGAACCGUUGCGGAGAACUUCGACGAGUACGGCAAGAGCUGGCAAGCGACUCCGGAAGUCCUCAACAAAUUGGAGGUGCCUCUACAAGAGCAAUGCGAUGAAGCUCCCCCGCGCCCCGAGUGCGUGCUGCCGCCCAUAGAACUCAACCCUUGCUACAAUAUCAACAAUGUGGCUAAGUUUGGAGCGUGUCACGCCCUAGUCGAACCUGAGGCAUACAUAUCGUUAUGUGAAGACGAGCUGUGUGAGUCCAAUUCUACUAAUGCCUGUCCCAUUCUCGAGAGAUACGCAGCUGAGUGCCGCAAGCAAGGGGUCUGUCUGGAUUGGCGUUCUGAUCUCUGCCCCUACCCUUGCGACCAGCCACUAGUAUACCGACCGUGUGUGGAUUGCGAGCGCACUUGCGACAAUCAUGACGAGCUCGAACUGAACCCUAAGAAGUGCGACAAGCUACCGGUUGAAGGAUGCUUCUGUCCUCAAGGGAAGGUGAGGGUGAACAACACCUGCAUAGAACCAAAUAAGUGCUUCCCGUGCGACGCCAAGAGAACACACUUUGCAGGGGACGAGUGGCAGGAAGACGAAUGCACAAAGUGCAGCUGCAGCAAGUUGUCGGGCGAGAAUGAAGCGCACGUGUCGUGCACCACUCAGACGUGUACCGUGCCUGUCUGCUCCGACCAGGAGGACCGGUUGACUCAGCCCGCCAAGCCUGGUGCCUGCUGUCCUGAAUACAUGUGCGUGCUAAAACCACCAGAUAAAAGAUGUGUAGAACCCAAGAAGAUGGAGUGUGGAUUCGGACAGGUGUUGAAAACCAAGACUAAGGCCGAUGGAUGCCAAGAAUUUGCUUGCGAAUGCAAGCCGGCAGAUGAAUGUGAACCGAUCCCAGACCAGAACGAAGUGGAAAUGAUCAAACCUGGUGUAGAGCGAGUCAUCGACCGCAGCGGUUGCUGUCCCAAGGUUGAAUUGAUCUGUGUGGCGUGCCCCAAACCGCCCGCCUGCCCAGAGUUCCAGACCCUGAAGACCACUAAUAUCACUGGGGAAUGCUGCCCUGAACACAAGUGUGAACUACCCAAAGACAAAUGCGUGGUUAAUCUCGAAUGGGAAGCUGCCGCGAAAGGAGGCGAGAAACCGCGAUCUGCUCCAGAAGUCAUGCUUAAGGAUAUGGAUGCAGCAUGGUUAGAUGGACCUUGUCGUUCGUGUCGCUGUGUUUCAUCGUUAGGAGGGCCAGCUGCACAAUGCAGUGUGACGGAAUGUCCGCCCAUCAUCUCUACUGAACAGUUUGUCAUUGAGCCUCGCCCCGUGCCGUUCGCGUGCUGUCCUGCUCCCGCGCACGUAGCCUGUCGAGACGGAGAUAACAUUUACAAGGUUGGAGAAAACUGGACGUCGCCGUACAACGUGUGCGAGUCGUAUAAAUGUGCUGAACUUGAAGAUGGCAAACUGGAGAAGGUUACCACCGUGCAGCAAUGCGACACGGACUGUCAACCGGGUUGGGAGUACUUCCCCGCAUCACCAGAGAGCAAGCAAUGUUGCGGCAGAUGCAAGCCUGUGGCUUGCGUCGUGGACGGCGUCACGCACAAAGUUGGACAGGCCUGGACUUCGCCAGAUUUCUGCACUAAUUACACCUGCAAGGACCUUAAUGGCACAUUACAAGUGCAGAGCGUGAAUGAGUCUUGCCCAGAAGUAUCGGACGCCGUAAAGAAGCAAUUCGUUCUAAGUAAAGACAAAGUGCCCGGAGAGUGUUGUCUCAAGGAGGAACCGAUCGCUUGUCGCGUUGGCAACAAGAUCUAUCAGGAGGGUCAAACCUGGCCAUCAUCAAACCCCUGCAAGAACUUCACAUGCACCCGUGACGUCACGGGUCGCCUCUCACACGAGGCGAGCGUGGAGAGCUGUACGAAGGAGUGUAGCGGCGAACAGAAGUAUGUGGAACCCGCGGCGGGAGUGUGUUGCGGCCAUUGCGUACAGGACAAGUGCGUGGUUGGUGACGAACUGAAGCAGUUAGGUGAAAGCUGGAAGUCGCCGGAUAAUUGCACGACAUAUUCGUGUGACGGGUCGAUAGGGCAGGUGGUCGUGACGUCAGCACCGGAACUAUGUCCGGACGUGUCCGACUGCGCGCCGGAAAACCUCGUCAACCAGUCCUGCUGCCAAGUGUGCAAGCUGAAGCCUUCCGAUCUCAGUAAAUGUGUUCCGGCGCCAAUACCCAAGAACGAGACGAUUGCUCUGAUCAGCAUCUCCAUGGGACCACGCGGUCUGUGCGUCAACGAGGAGCCCAUCGACGGCUUCCACGAGUGUCGCGGCAGCUGCGACUCCAGCAUGCUCUACAGCAAGGAUGCGGGUCGUCACGAGUCGCUGUGCGAGUGUUGCCAGGCGACGCACUUCAGCCCGCUCACCAUCACCCUCACUUGCGAGGACGGCUCGAAGCCGCCGCACCGCGUGGCCACGCCCGACCGCUGCGCCUGUCGACGCUGCGGCGAGGCCGAGCCGUGGAACCCUUCCCAUUCUACCAGGAAAGAUUGGUUCUUCAGCGGCGUAACAGUGCCAAACGUCAAAUACUAGAGGAGACUUUUUAGACAAAUACCUAGUUCUUAAAUGGAUUGGAUAUUCUUAAUUUAAAAGUUGUGGAAGCGGAAAAUUGUAAUAAAGCAACAACCAGUGAUGAUGUAACCAUUUAAUUUUGUAAAUAACAAAUAUAAUAUUGAUAACUUAUGCGUCUUUUUUUACAUUUUUCACUCCGAGUACAAUUAUUUUACAUCAAUUAAAUGCAAUAUUUGUCAACUGA